AAGGAAUCCCCUAUCUAAACUUAUUAGUUUUUAGUAUUGUUAUUGUUGUAUUGAUGUAAACAAGUAAGAAUGCUGGAUAUUGCUGCUCAACUUCUUGCCGUUGGCCUGCUGUGGGGAGUUACCAAUCCGUUCAUUCGCCUUGGGAGCCAGGGAAUAGAGUCAGUCAAAGAUACGGGCUCCAAGUGGAGGAACUUCGUCCAGGAAGCCCGCACAAUCGGCUCCCGGUGGAGGUACUGGAUACCCUUUGGUCUAAACCAGUGUGGGAGUGCCUUGUAUGUUUGGACCCUCCAAAGUGCCAGCAUUACGGUGGCAGUACCAGUGGCCAAUUCCCUGAGUUUUGCAUUCACAGCAAUAACCGGAUAUGCUUUGGGUGAAAAGCUGCCGGGGAGGAAAGUCAUCCUGGGCACGCUACUCAUCUGUUGCGGCAGCAUCCUUAUGAUCUACGAUAAGAUCCUGCAAGAACAGUCGCAAAACCAACUAAAUAUAACAUUCCAAUGAUCUUACCCUAAA